CCGAGAAAUCAAACCUCCCUCUGCAACUGCAUUCGCACACGCAGUCUUCUCUCAUAAAUCUCUGCAGCAAUCAAUCCAUAUCUCAAUCAAGCAAAUUCCAUAUUGUAAUCAAGUUUUCGGCGCCGCUUUCUCAUACGACGCCGUCACGCCGGAGGAAGAAAAUUUCGCCGCCGUUUAUUACGCCGCAUCUGCAGUUGACUCAUUGCGUCGAUUGAUCGUGUAUUUGGAGUCGGCGGUGGGCCUUACCUACAUGAACGAUGGAGCGGAGGAGUUUGAUGGAUUUUUUGUUCGUUAAUUUAGUGUGUGAGAUUUCUGUAUUGGUUUGAGUUUUAAUCGAGAGAGGGAGAGAUUAUGGGUAGUGUUCUCGACUCGACGCUGUUGCAUCAUGUGUGCAUUGUGCUGAUUGUGCUCUGGUUUCUGAAUUCAUUCAACUGGUGCCAUCCAAUUGCGUAUUUCCUCUCUCUGAUAUACCUUUAUUUGGUUCAUGAAUUAUAUGUGAUGAAAUUGAGAAAGAAAAUCCAGUUUGAGGAGAAGAGAGAGUCCGAUCAGAGACGGCUGCUUACAGAUUCUGAGUCUCUUAGAUGGUUGAAUCAUGCUAUUGAGAAGAUAUGGUCCGUCUGCAUGGAAGAGAUUGUUUCUCAGAAAAUUCUUCUUCCUAUUUUCCCGUGGUUCUUGAAAAAGUACAAGCCUUGGACAGUGUUCUGGUUUGCCUACAUUCAGAAAGAUAUCGAGCUUCAGCAUCUUUACUUGGGAAGAUCCCCUCCAAGGUUUACUGAAAUCAGGGUUCUUCACCAAUCCAAUGGUGAUGACCACUUGGUUCUUGAACUGGGUAUGAAUUUCCGUACUGCGGAUGAUAUGAGCGCUAUACUUGGUGUGAAACUAAGGAAGAGAUUGGGUUUUGGAAUGCAUACUAAAUUGCAUAUGUUAGGAAUGCAUGUUGAAGGAAAGGUAUUGGUUGGAGUUAAGUUCCGGCGUGGAUGGCCUUUUAUUAGUCGCUUGCGUGUGUGCUUUUCUGCACCACCAUAUUUUCAGAUGACUGUGAAGCCUCUAUUCACUCAUGGUCUUGAUGUUACAGAACUUCCUGGGAUAGCUGGCUGGAUAGAUAAUCUUUUGGCCCUCGUCUUUGAACAAACUCUAGUGGAGCCUAAUAUGCUGGUGGUUGAUGUUGAAAAAUUCGCGUCACCUAAACCAGAAAAUUGGUUCUCUGUUGACGCAAAGGAACCUGUAGCGUUUGUUACCGUGGCAAUUCUUGAAGCCACUGAAAUGAUCCCAUCGGACUUAAACGGAUUGGCUGAUCCAUAUGUUAAAGGACAGUUGGGACCUUAUAAAUUUCGAACUAGGACUCGGAAGAAAACUGUGUCACCAAAAUGGCAUGAGGAAUUCAAGAUUCCUAUCUUCACAUGGGAAUCAGAUAACAUGCUUCAUAUUGAAGUUCGUGAUAAGGACCACAUAGUUGAUGACAUGAUGGGAGAUUGUUGCGCAAACAUCAAUGAAUAUCGGGAUGGCCAGAGGUAUGACUUGUGGUUACCCCUCAAGAAUAUAAAGAGAGGAAGAUUGCGUCUUGCUAUAGCCGUGAACAAUUUAACUGGAAAGGUUGCAGAGUCUUCACCCGAUGAAGAAGAUGUUGGUGGUGAUAAAGGGAAAGAUGAUGCCUGUGGUGACAAAAGGAGAGCCUCCUUCGCGGAUGACUCAUCUCACAGAGGAUCGUUCUCAUCUACAAUAUCAGACAAAUCCCCAAAAGUCGCAGAUAGGUUUGACCCAAUUGACGUUGAAGGGCAGUUGGAGACUGGGAUUUGGAUCCACCAUCCAGGCAGAGAGGUCACACAAGUCUGGGAGCCGAGGAAGGGGAAGAAGAGCAAACAUCGUGAAAUCAGCAGACAAAUUCAAGGAGAGGGUGGUGAUUCAGUCGGUGGAAGGAUUUCUGGUCAGAACGAGAGCAGCAGCACUGAUGAGAGCUCGGAUUCUAACAAGUCGCGUUCAGGUAAUCCAGUUAAGAGGGGUUUAAAAAAGAUCGGUUCAGUAUUCAGACGGAGAGAUUCUGACAAGAUGAGCUCGCCUAGAGAAUCCGAACACCCCUCCCAAGAUAAUUUCAACAUCAGGGCAUCUAACCUCAAGAAAGGGGGCGUCAAGUUGAUAAUAGACAACUUCCUCGUGUCCCCACCUUCCACGACUCCGAAAGGUGAUGAGAAAGAGGUGCAGCCUCCGUCAUCCAAGACUCCGAAAGGCGAUGGCAGAGAGUCGCUUGAAGAAAUCCUACCAGAGAGCCCCAGCCAUAGGAACGGCAAGGACAUGGCUAAGAGCAUUUUAAAACACGCUGGAAGAUCUGCUCGCGAGUUGAAGCACUCAUUGUCUAGGAAAAUAAGAAAGCCGAAGGGCGAUAUGCCAGUAGAGUCGGAUUCCACAGAUGAUGAGUCGCUUUCAUCAUCCGUAGAUUCUGCAGUUACAGAUGCUGGUUUGGUCGUUUCAAGUCCAGCCAUUUCGCCUCCAGCGCCGGCCUCAGAUGAUCACUCGUUGAAGUUGAAGAACAAUGAUCAGACAGAAAACCUGCCCGGUGGAAACUAUUCCCAGACCGGUGAUAGAGCAGUUUCGGCCGGUGACAUGGUUUUGUAAUGUUUGUUUGAAACCUGCAGAGAGAGACACCAUCCAGGUGUCUGAGAGCAUGCUUGAAAAUGCAGAGACAGGAUUCUUGUAGAUCUGUUAUACUGUACAAUGUUGUUUUGAUAAAAACCAAAUACAGAAAUGUUUGGGUGUUUCAUCCACACAACUUUGCAUUUGAAAGUGUUUGUAUGAAUACAAAAUUUUCAACUA